AUGUCUUCAGUAACAUUGAAAGGUGGCUACUCCUACUUGGAGGAGUUACUAGACUUUGGACCAGAAGCAACGAUCCCCUUCGAGUCAUCUCUCCUGGGACCAUAUAUCCACAUUUAUGACGCGCUGCUCGGUGAUGGUCUGAAGAUAUUCGCUGAGUGCUCCCGAGUGGAGAAGCACUGCCUCAUAGGUGGUAUCGUACGAUUAUAG